AAAAAAAAAAAAACCAAAUGACAUUUGUUUGACGUGACGCCUCGCGUUGUUUGUGCGAAUCGUUUUAAAAAUAUGAGAUAAUUUUCAAUUCAAUAAUAAACUUAAAUUAUAAGCAUAAUUUAUUAAUUAGGUACGAAGAUACAACAAAAUGAGUGACGACGUGAUAAAGCACUCGGUGCAUACACUAGUGUUUCGAUCUCUGAAGAGGUCCCACGACAUGUUCCUGGCCAACCAGGGAUUGUUGCCGCCAAUUGAUGAGAAAGCUGAGAAGUUGCUGAAGUCUGUGAAAGCCCGAGAUAGUUAUGGCCAAGUGUUGGAGACGGUUCAGAAAGCACAGGCAGUCAAGCAACAUGAGACUCCGAGCCUACCUGAAGCUCCACAUGAUACAGAAAUAGCAGAAUCUGCUGCAUUGGGCUCAGAAGGCGCUAUUGUCCCGUUCAGUGGACCCUCGCCCGCCCCGACCCCAGCACCGCCAUCAGGAGCUCUGACAAUGCCGCGCAAGCCGCCGUCGAUGCCCAAGCCGAAGUGGCACGCCCCAUGGAAGUUGUGCCGGGUCAUAUCUGGACAUUUGGGUUGGGUGCGAUGCGUUGCUGUGGAGCCAGGAAAUGAGUGGUUUGCUACCGGUGCCGCUGACAGAGUAAUUAAGAUUUGGGACUUGGCGAGUGGUAAAUUAAAAGUGUCUCUCACUGGACACGUAAGCACAGUUAGAGGUUUAGAAGUGUCAUCAAGACAUCCAUAUCUUUUCAGCUGCGGUGAAGACAGACAAGUUAAAUGCUGGGAUUUAGAGUACAACAAGGUGAUCCGCCACUACCACGGGCAUUUAUCAGCGGUGUACACGAUCGCGUUACACCCUACCAUCGACGUGGUGGUGACGGCGGGCCGCGACGCGACCGCGCGCGUUUGGGACAUGCGCACCAAGGCCAACGUGCACACCCUCACAGGACACACAGACACCAUCGCCUCGCUUGCCUGCCAAGCGGCGGAACCUCAGAUAAUAACAGGAUCACACGACUCGACUAUUCGUCUGUGGGAUCUCGCAGCCGGCAAGUCGAUGUGCACACUAACAAACCAUAAGAAAUCAGUCCGAUCUAUAGUCAUACACCCCACGUUAUACACGUUUGCAUCAGCUUCCCCGGACAAUAUCAAGCAGUGGAAGUGCCCAGAAGGGAAGUUUAUACAGAAUCUGUCUGGACAUAAUGCUAUAGUGAACUGCAUGGCUGUCAACCCUGAAGGUGUGCUGGUCAGUGGUGGCGACAACGGUACCAUGUAUUUGUGGGAUUGGAGGACAGGAUAUAACUUCCAGAGGCUACAGGCGGCGGUACAACCCGGCUCCAUGGACUCGGAAGCGGGUAUCUUCUCGAUGACUUUUGACCAGUCAGGCUCACGACUAAUCACCACAGAAGCAGACAAAACCAUCAAAAUAUACAAAGAGGACGAUACAGCCUCCGAGGAGACGCACCCCAUCAACUGGCGCCCAGAGAUAUUGAAGCGAAGGAAGUUUUAGAUAAUAAAUAUUUUUUACCCCAA